AUUUUAACUUAUAGAGCAUGUGCAGUACGCAAGACGGAGUCCCCCCAUAAAUACCCAAUUCUGCCAACCAAUCUUGUAACCCUAGGCUGCUUUCUUCACAACUUUGCAAACAUAUAUAAUCCAUAGAAUAUCGUCUCGCUAUAAUCUUUAUCGACUCCGCUGCUCUCUAUCUGAUAUGGAAGGCGCCCAUAUAAUUGUGGCGGAGAUGAGAAGCCUCUUCCGGAUUGGGGUUGCUAUGUUUGCCGGCUGGAAGGUGGGGGAUAUCAUGAGGGUUCCGCUGUAAGUUCCACCUGUGUUUAACUUUUCUUUCUUUCUCUUCUGAAUCAAAAGUAAAAAUUUUUCCGAAGAUCAUCUUCUUAUUCUUAUUCUUUUUAUUAUUAUUAUUAUUUUUUUUUGUCGUUUAAUUAGGAGAAAAAAGUUGGACCAGUACCGUUCCCACUCCGUUUCCGGAACCGGUAGCGUCCCCGUCCCUACCAAAUGAGUGCUGUGGCUGGUUCGGACGGACGGACGGACUGAAGGAAGAAGAAGACUAGAAGACUUAUAUUAGUAUAUGUUAUUAUCGUAUUAUUUCCCUAAGUGGUGUGUGAAUCCACCACCCUCCCCCGUUUUAGUUCUAUGUAGCUAAAAAUAUCAUGGAGCAUUCACAGAUUCUUGUUAAUCUGUGUGCGUACUAAUUAAAUGGAAAUUGAACGUGUACAUCAGAAAAAUGUGGACUGCUUUGCCCGUAAGAAACCACAGAUUCUUGUUAAUCUGUGUGCGUACUAAUUAAAUGGAAAUUGAACGUGUACAUCAGAAAAAUGUGGACUGCUUUGCCCGUAAGAAACAGAUAUAAAUAUAAUGGUAAUUGAAUACAAGUAAAUAAGAUUCAGAAGGAGAAGAAAACAAUAUGGAGUCAAUAUUAGGGUUGUUAUUUUCCAUUUGUCCUUCCUUCAUGCGAGUUAACUUCAUUCCCUCCACUAUUUCAGAUCGUCCCAGCUUGGAAGUCCAUAUACUUUAUCAACAAAAGUAACCCGAACCUAUGAACAGAUGUUGAAAAAUUCAAGUGUGCAAAACAUAUCAACCACAAGCUUUUACUCUAAAAACUUCUGCUGACUUUUGUCUCAACUAAGAUAUGCAGCUACAGUGGAAAGUAUUGCUCCUUCUUCCAAGCAAGCUUACUUGACAAGGGCAAAAAUUUGACAACUUAAAAAGAGCUUAUAUGCAAAGGCAUACAAGCAUAUCAAACAAGUAGACCCAGCAUAAGAUGUGACUAAAUAUAGGGUUGACAGUACCUCAAGAAUUUUAUAACCUUUCCCAGUAGCUAGCACGAACAAUCAUCUCCAUCCGAAAGACAAGAUCUUCACUCACAGAGCGCUUAUAACAUCUUCAAGAACAGAUUUUUCCUAUAAAGUCGUAAGUACCAAAACAAAAAUUACGAGUUCUUUGAAUAAAACCUUUGCAAAGAAUGCAGUUUUGGUAGUAUUGGUUUACCGAAAACAUUCAGUCAGGUAAUACAGAGUAAUGUUUGAGCAACGACAUCCGCUCCUCUACUUGUCAACUUCUGCAGUAAAUUCCGUCCAUGCACACCACCUUCUAGACAGAUCAAGUUCCAGUAACCAUAUUGGCACACGUUUCCAUCUGUUUCCUAUAUUUCAAACAAAAUUCAGUUAAUGUUCUAGACAAAAUCCACAAUGUUCAACAAAUUUGUAGAAGUAUUCUUACUUGAUGAAGUUUGGCAAGUUCUUUGGCUGCAAAGAGGAAAGAUAAUUGCUUUACACGAGACAAAUUUAUUAUUCCAAUGAAAGGUAGUACAAAGAUGCAUACGCUUGCAUACAGUUCUGUAAAAAUAGAUGACCAUAUACCACGCGAAGAAACCCUCAACCCGAUGAGACAAAUCAGCAUCCAUGACAACUAUAUAUAAAAUUGCCCAGGGAAUGCUUCAAAUCAUGGAUAUAUGCAGUUCCAGAUAUUGCUUUAUAAUUAAGGACCUUGUAAAGUAAAAGACCUUACAUGGAUGGCAAUGAAAGGCAUACAUAAACCAAUAGUUGGCAGCUAGAAUGUGAAGCCACAAAUCAGGAUGUCUCAAACAAGCAAAAGACGAGCAAAGAAUAAUAUGAAAACUUGCAAAGGUUAGUAGCUUCAUUGGACUUACUACACAGAUUGCAAUUCAUUUACGAUAUACUGAGGCCAUCCGGGCUUUCAUGGUCAACACAAUUACUUCAAAAUCAACAAUCCUAACCAGUUAAGAACCCAAAGUCACAUAAUUCCAAGAAACAAACUAAAGCUACGCUUUCAUAUUGUUGCUACUUUCUAAUGCUGUAAUCACAAUCUAUUGUCCAACUGGUUUUAAGCAUAAAAAGUAGCCAAACAAAGAGAGAGUAUGCCGUCAAAAUGAGAUAAAAUACACAAUUCAAUGAAUUAAGUUAGAAAUAUAAAACAAAAUGCAAAAGCCUAAUGAUAAAAGACAUUUCACUCAAAAACAAACUCCACCCAACAGCUAAUGAUCAUUAUGAAUUAAAACCAACAUUUGAACAGAAGCCAUAAAAUCUCAGAGUUACGAUCGAAUCACGAAGAUAUGAUACAGUGGUUCAUCUUCGUGAGUGAUAAGGGAUCAGUAAUGGUCUCUAUCAUCUCUAACUAAGCAACAGUUUCAAGAAAUCAAACCAUAUUACAAUCUAGAAAUACAUUGAUUCUGAUCCUAAAAACUCUUGAAUAAUAUGGAUCCUAAUUAUAAGAAAAAGGGACGGAGAAAGGGGGAAAUUAGCAAACAAACAACGCCAUAUUGCCUAAGUUGCAAAUAAUGGAAACCGCCGGCGCCGGCGCCACCACAGAUUCCGAAUCCCGCCUUCAUAAAGGACUGCUUGGUGGUGUAACUCGAUAAUGCUGGAGUGGAGGAAAGCGGUGAAGAAGGUGAUGAAACUGAUGAUUUUACCCAAUUUAUGUUAUGACCCGAAUUUAGCAGUUUAACCCGAACCAGACCCGCGGGUUUCUCUUAAAAAGGAAAAUUUCACCUUUUCCCUCUAAUAAGCUCUCUUCUCGCUCCUUGUUCUUGUCAAGUUCGGAGACGGCUCCGCUCGGUAGCACCACCACUGAACUCUAUUCCGGCGGAAAUCGUUCUCCGUGUCUCUUAUAAUCUGGGUUUAGGGUUUUGGGGAAGAACAGUUAAAAGGCGCAGUUUUGACAAUGAGUCGUAGCUUGGGGAUACCGGUGAAGCUUCUUCACGAAGCUACGGGACACAUAGUGACGGUGGAACUAAAGAGUGGGGAGCUCUACAGGGGAAGUAUGGUUGAAUGCGAAGACAAUUGGAACUGCCAACUCGAGAAUAUCACUUUCACUGCCAAGGAUGGGAGGGUCGCACAACUUGAGCAUGUAUUCAUUCGAGGAAGCAAAGUCAGAUUCAUGGUGAUUCCUGACAUGCUUAAGAAUGCUCCAAUGUUCAAACGCCUUGAAGCUAGAAUUAAGGGCAAGGGUUCAUCACUUGGUGUUGGACGGGGCCGUGCUGUUGCCAUGAGAGCUAGGGCACAGGCUGCUGGCCGUGGAGCUGCACCUGGGAGGGGUGCGCCGCCGGUGAGACGAUGAACAUUUUCAGAUACCAUUUGUAAUCUUUAGUGGCUUGUGGUUUUAUACAUGUUGAUUGUCAGAGCGCCGAGCCAACUUGGUGUAUGACAAUAUCAUCCUGGUUUCAGAUUCUGAAUUUAUGACCUCUUGGAGACACUGUUAGAUGAUGUGAAUGAUUAAUUUUCCGAUUAACAAUCAUGAUUCCUGUGGGAUUCACAUACUGUAUCUGUUUUGUUCAGUAAUUCUGGUAUAACAACCCCUCCCACAGUUAACUCAAGUCCAAAAAUAGAACAAUAUCUGCCAAGUUUCCAUCUGUUCGCAUCUAAGAAAGUUCAGAGUCCUCUUGUCGCUUUCCAAAUGUCUUCUGUCCAAGAACAAAAGCUUUAGAGAUGAUGACUACAGGAAAGGACCGGUUGCAAUCUUCAUCAAAGGCAGCUGGAAAAUGUUCAUGUCUAUUAAGCUGGAAUGAGCCAAAACGGGAUAUUUUGUUUCACUGUAGAACACGAUUACUAUUCCAAAUUGAAAAUUAGCACCAAUAAAAAAAGUGGCCCAUCUGUGUGACCUUGACUCCUCCCUCGGAGUCUCCCUCCAAAGUGCGCCCAAAGUACAACAUUAAUAUUGGUGUUCUCAUUUCAAGGGAGCCCCAGGGCCAGGGCAGGGCCAACUGAAUUGUAAGCAACAGCCAUUAGCCA